AUGGCGAGCAAGAUCUCUCCCCUCCUCCGAUCCGCCCUCCGGCCGGCGUGCCGGGCAGCCCGCCCCCAGACCCGAGCCGCCUUCUCCCUCUCAGCCCGCCGACCGAGCGACUCCCUCAUGGUGCAUCGCAACACCAAGGACAACAACCCCGAGCUCCCCUUCAAGUUCAACGAGAAGAACCAGGCCGUCAUUGCCGAGAUCCUCAAGAAAUACCCCCCGCAGUACAAGAAGGCCGCCGUCAUGCCCCUGCUCGACCUCGGCCAGCGCCAGCACGGCUUCACCAGCAUCAGCGUCAUGAACGAGGUCGCCCGCCUCCUCGAGAUGCCCCCCAUGCGAGUCUACGAGGUUGCGUCCUUUUACACCAUGUACAACCGAACCCCCGUGGGCAAGUUCUUUGUCCAGAUCUGCACUACUACCCCUUGCCAGCUCGGAGGCUGCGGUUCCGACGUCAUUGUUAAGGCCAUCAAGAACCACCUCGGCAUCAAGCAGGGCGAGACCACAGCUGACGGCCUCUUCACCAUCCUCGAGGUCGAGUGCCUCGGCGCCUGCGUCAACGCCCCCAUGAUCCAGAUCAACGACGACUACUACGAGGACCUCACCCCCGAGUCCGUCGUCGACCUCCUCAAGGCCCUCAAGGCCAGCGCCACUGCUACCGAUCCCUCCACCGUCAGCGUCCCCAAGCCCGGCCCCCUCAGCGGCCGAAGCACAUGCGAGAACAGCGCCGGCCAGACGAACCUGCUCACGGAGCCCUGGGGAACCGAGACCACGCGGUCCGACUUGUAG